GGGCAGCACCACCCCAGCCCUACGUUUCCCCUGCACAGCUUGUUGAGCUCUCUUCAUCUCGGGACAGAAGUGUCCCCUUCUGCCUGCUCUGGGAGUCCCUCGCCCGCCGAGCCCGGCAGGGGAGUCCUGCCCGCCCGCUCUGAGGGCCGGCGCUGCUGGGCCGGCGCCUGAGGCUGCAGGGCGGUGCUGGGCCUGGCGCUGCUCUCAGGGUCCCUGGCUGGAGCCGCCCAGCUCCCGCAGUGCAGGGCAGGAGGCGCACACGGCAGAGGCAGGUAAAGUGCUCUGGGGUCCUGGCUCUCCUUCUCUUCUCCUCCCCUCUCUCCCUUUCCAGCCCGGACCCAUUGCGGGUUCCCUCACAGCGUGUGGUGCUUUUUCUCAGAGCCCGGGUGCAAGGGGGAAGGUGGGCACCGGCAGUGCCCAGGCUUAUCAGCAAGGCUUGUGAUUGUGAGGUCAGCUUUCUGGUUAUCAAGCUUCAGAUAAGAGAGCGACUGCAUGUGGAGUGAGUGAUAACAUGUCUAGGAUUUCUGUACAUGUUAUAGUGGCUGUUUGGGGAGUGAAAGGAGAAGGCAAUCUGGGAGUUCCUCGUAAGUGGGGAGUCCUGCAAGGGUGACUUGUCAGAGAUCUGAUCACAGCAUAUUCAAGGAAUGAUCUCUGGGAAAGUGCUGGAUGGGAUCUGCAGGAGAUCCCCACAGUGUGAUUUGGGGCUGUCUGAAAGCUGCUGUGAACUGCAAACAGACCUGUUUCACCGAAAAAAUGAACUGCUUCAUCCCACAGAUUGUUUUACCAAGCAGGGCUGUUGCACAGCAGACUUUUUGUGCACCUGCUGAUUGUCCGCUUGAGUUAGUCAGGGUGAAAAAGCACUUCCCUUAGCAUUUAAUCUCCUUAUAUAUUAAGUUAGCAUGCUUUAAUUAAAAUGCACUCCCUGAUCAAAGUGAAUGAAUUGGAAUAAACAUCAGGACUGACACUGGAAGCAUGAUUUAACCUACGCAGAGUUAUCAAAAACUUACUGCAAAAUUAUUAGAGCACCGGCUGAAACAAACACAAGUGAGUUCAUUGUCUGGGAAACCAGAUACAUCUGAAUGAGAGACAUUUACUGUGGUGCUCCCAAAAGAGUAGCUGAAAGGGGUUUCAGUCUGUGUAAGAGCAGGAUAGAGGUGAUAGCUUCUUAGUCUAAUGUUUAAAUUUUUCAUCAUCUGUCAGUUUGAGUCAUUCCUGUUACAAGACUGGAUUUAAGUAUUUGCAGUAGACUGAAGUAUUGCUGGAGGCUUGUUGGAAGACGUUUUCAUAAAAGAGUACCUUGGUACAUGGGAUUAAACAGUCCAAAAAAGGUGUUGUAUUUAUCAAAUUGUCAGAUCUGUAACUCAAGCCGUGGCAGAGAACUUUGGGGGAAAAAAGAGACAGUGAGCACAGAUCCAAAUUCAGCAACAAAAAGAAAUGCAGAAAUUCAGUGUCUUGCAAAUAAACCUUUGAAAUGAGGGAAAGGGAGAGAAAACUAACAAAGUCUCUCUGUGGUCAGAGCCAAGUUGGCCAAUGGGACCCUCUAUGUCAUUUGUUACAUCAGGGACUAAUCCCAGUGUAAGAAGCUGCAAUCUGUGGAUCAAGGCAUCAUCUAAUACGUCAGAUUAAUUAAUUGUUUUACCUGUGGGGUGGUGACUCUCAGGCUGAGCAGGGGGUCAGGCUGAGGGGUGCAGAUGCAGAAAAUCUUCCCUGCAGUGUGGAUUGAAGCAGCUGAUGGCCGUCAGAGCUGCGGAGGGGACGUGGCUGCAGAAACCCCUGUGUGAGUGAGAGCUGCCCAGUCUUUGCUUCCUUUCCAUCCCAUUGCAUUGCUGCUAUGUCUAUGAACAGGACCAAAAGCAACACAUUCAUUUUGUUUUGGAUGACUGUGAGACUGUCAAUUUUUUCCUGAUGGCAGUCAGUGACAACCCAGUGAAAGGCUCUGGGUAUCCCAUUACUGCCCUUCAGAUAAUUUAUCUUUCAGUGGUCUUCAUGCUGCAUAGCACAGGGCAGCAGGGAUAGCAAGAGCUACUAAAACAUCUCUUUCUAUACAAACUGUCUGAGAUGGUGGUGGAACAUUGAUGGGACACUUCUUGUGAGUACAAGGACCACGGCUUUGAUCCGUCCAGGUGAAGUGACAUGGUCUGUUUCCCAAAUGUGUGACUUUCCCUCUGCUUCAGAAGAGCAUAAGGACAUUUUCUCCCUUUUUGCCAAAUGUGGCAGCAGGGAAGUGGAGCACUCCUUUCCCCUCCCUGCCUGGAGCACCCUACAGUGACAUGGGACAAGGGCCAGGCUGUCCCCCCCCUGAGGUCAGACAUCUGCAAAUGGAGGGUCCCAGAUUAAGUUUGCAGUGAUCCUGCAGGCAGCUUAACCAGCUAGGAAAAGCUUAGGGUUUGUUUGAAGCUUCUUUAUAAUUUCCUUUCUCCCUCUAUUUAUCUUCUUUUUUAUCUGAUUUUAAAAGGAUUUGCUUGCCUGCUUUAAGAAAACUGCAUUGAAGUCAUAUUUAGGUGCAGUGUAAUUUAGUAAAUAAAUGGUGCUACAAGGAAGAAAAUUAAAUGAGCCACUUGCUAAAGGGAGAUAAUUCUAGCUGCUCACACACUUGUAGUGGACUUGUGUUUGCAUAAGGUAUAUCUCUAUCCUAGAAAAAGAUCUAAAUUAAAAACCUGGGAGCAAGCAGUUCUGGAUUGUUCUGAUCUCUAUCUGUACUCCAUAGCAUAGGCUGUCUCUGAUUUAUAGCUAUGAAAGUUUGGGGUGAAUAUUGCCUUUUGACUCUGUUCUAUUUUCCUUUUCAAUUCAAGUAUCUUUUUAUUCUAAAAAACACCAGAAAAAAUGUCCAGACUUUUGAAGAUGUGUUUCUUGUUGAUAUCAAUGAAUCAUGCUGAGAUUACUCACAGUCAGAACUCUGAAGAUUUGCCUCCAUUGUUACUCAAAGCUGUGGAGGAAGUAAUAGCUGGGAAAUAUCUGAAUGCUCUCCUAGAUGUACUUAAUUGUCAAAGCUCUGAUGUCUGGACAGCAGAUAUGCUUACAAAAGUCAUGGCAUAUUUUCAUGCUCAGGAAGUUAUGUUUACUCUUAGCAGCCUCCAGAUGUCCAUAAAAAGUUACCUGAAGAACCUUUUAUACCAGCCCAGGCAACUACUGUCUGAAUUGCAACAGCUUGAUCAGCAGCAGUUCCAAACUGCAAUGAAGUACCUCUUCCACAGCAAAAAGGAGCAUCUUGAAGUGGGAAAUAUUAUUCUUGACUGGGACAAGACUAGAGAGAGAAUUUUUCAAAGCCCAGGAGUAAACAGGACCUUGUUCCUUGUAACACUGGAUAAAUGCUUCCUGGCUCUGAGUGCUCUGGACUGUGUGGAUAUCCUGAGCCAGGUUCUGAGUACGUCAGCAGUGAACUAUCUCCACCUUGAUGUUAUUGGAAGCCUCCCAAACCUUCUGCUGGAGGAUGCUUUCAGAAACUUAUCAUCAUUAUUCAAGGACCUCUAUGACAGAACCUCAGCAAGCACUCAGAGAGCUCUGUAUGGCUGGAUGAAGCAGAUUCUACAGAAGUCUUACAACAUGAGUGAGUUCAAUGAAUCAACUUCUUGGGUCAGUGCAGAAAGCUUAUGGAUUUUGGGAAGAUACAUGGUCCAUCUCACAUUAGAAGAAAUCCUGAAAAUUAGUCUCAAUGAAAUCAGACUGUUCAUUAGCUACGACAACGCAACAAAGCAGUUGGACACGGUGUAUGAUAUCACACCAGAGCUUGCACAGGCCCUCCUGAAAAGGAUAAACUCGUCAGGAUUUGAUAUGAGGAACACUUCAACUAUCUACAGGCUGGGUUUAUUGGUUUGCUUUUAUGAUGACCUGGAGCAGAUGGAGGCAGCUGUGGCCCGGGCUCUACUUCAUCAAAUGAUUAAAUGCAAUCAGCUGAGAGGUUUCCAGGCCGAGCUUCAUGAGCUCAAAUCUCAACUCCUGAACAUUGCCAUGCAAAACCAGACAUUGAAUGAUACCCUUGGAUCUCUGUCAGAUGCUGUGGUUGGACUAACUUCAAGUCAGCUGGAAUCUCUGUCACCUGAAGCAGUGCAUAAUGCUGUUGCAACAUUAAACCAAGUCUCUGGGUGGGCAAAGAGCCAAGUUCUGAUUUUAUCCAGUAAAUAUCUCUCUUAUGAAAAGGUUUUAUCAUUUUAUAACGUGAGCCAAAUGGGCGCCUUGGUGACAGGAAUUGGCACCCAGUCACUCCACAGCAUGAACCCCAGGGAGCUGUCUCAGAUUAUUCGAGGCACGAUGUCCCAGUACUUGUCUGACUUAUCUCCUGCACAGCAACAAGGCAUCCUCAGGAAGAUAGCUGCAUCUGGAGAUUUUUCUUCAUCAGUCAAAGAUAUACAAGGAGCUUUCUUUAAAGAAGUCUCUCUUUCUGGUUUAUGGAAGCAGACUGGAUAUAAUUCCUCAAUGCUGAAAGAAAAAGAACUAAGAAGCAGCCAGGCUUUGUAUCUGUAUGAAUUACUGUCUAAGGAAAACUAUCCUGUUGACCUUCUAAGCACAGGACAGCUUGUGAAAGGAGUAACUUGUCAGCUCAUUGAAAGUAUGGACACAGAUACGUUUUUAAACAAUUUUAAAUUCUUUGAAAUUAAUCUUCAUCUUCUUUCUCCAUAUCAGGUUAAUUGUUUAGCUUGGAAGUUUUGGAAAGUCUCCAAUGCAUCUAUUCCUCCCUUCCUCUUACUGGCACUUCCUUCUGAGUACCUGGAGUACGUUACAGGCCCUUUGUGCGUCCCUUUCCUUGAACGUCUAGGGAAGGCAGGAAUGGACCUUCUGAAUCCAAGCCAUCACAAAAGGGAUGCUGUCCUGCAAAAAGUGCAGGAGUGCUUGAACAGCUCCAUUGCUGAUGAAUAUGAUGUUGACCUCCUUGGAAAUCUAAUCUGCUACUUACCUGCAGCCUUUCUACAUGGCAGAAUGUCCCUGAAGGCAAUGGCAGCAGCCCUACAUCAAUUCAAACUUUGCCAAGAGCUCAGCCAUGAGCAGAAGACUGAAAUUAAAUACAAACUCCUUCAGUUAUAUGGCUCCUCAAACAACUGGACAGCAGAAACAACAUUAGAUGUUGGACCAUUCAUAGCUCUGCUGUCAAAAGAGGAAUUAAAUGUCCUUGCUGAAAAGUUCCCAGAUAUCAUCUUACAAAUAGCAAAGACAAUUGGACCAGUUUCUUCAGCUGAAGAGCUUCUUCUAUCAGUUGUGUUCGAGUCAGUCUCCAACAGCACUGGCAGCAUCCGCCUGUCUCUCAGCAGAGCUGAUUGCCUGGGAACCAGAGCUCCUUCUUCAAAUGAAAUAAUUAAAUUAGCAGAAGCAAAUGUCUUUUGGUCAGUUCAAGAACUGGAGUGCAUGGACCCAGGGACUUUUGACAAAAAUGUGGAACUUCUUGGGGCUGUCUCAGGUUUUAACAGCUCCCAGCUGACUGCCUUGAAGGAGAAAGCCAAGCAGGUUUGGGGGUCGCUGCCAGACUGGAGGAGUUACCAAAUCAUCUCCCUGGGCCGCAUUGCUCUGGCACUCACUGAGCAGGAAAUCACAGAGCUGGAUCUGCACUCCAUCGACACCGUUUCUGUUCUGAGUCAGCAAACAGAGUGGACUCUUACCCAGGAAAGAGCUAUUCUGCAAGGUUUUCUAGAAGACUCUGGCCAGACCAUCGGCACACUAAAAAGUUUUGAUUUAGUUGGACUAGGAGCAAUCCUCUGUGCUUUGAAUUCCACAGAAAUCAAAUCCAUAAAGACUGCUGAAUUCAGUGCUGCAGUUGCAAGAAUUGGCCUGUUGUUUUGUAGCACCCCUGUUCUGAGGCAGUUUAAGAAGAUGACAGAGUCCGUGUUUGGUGCUGCUACCAGCUGGAAUGGCUCUAUUUUACAGGAAAUUGGUACUAUAGCAGGUGGUUUGAAUGAGGAUGAAUUAAAAGCUUUUGAUAAAAGCUUGAUGCCAUAUUUCCAGCCAUCAGCAGUAAGACAUAUACCUCCUGAAAUUUUCCAAGCAUUGUCCCCAGAACAAAUAGCAAACCUGGGCCCCGAGAACGCCGCCAUGGUGACGGGAUCGCAGCGGCAGCAUCUGGAUGCAUCCCAGCUCCAGAGCCUGGGGCUGGCACUGGAUGGAGCCAGAACCGGCAGCCCAGGGACACAGAGCAGCAGUGCAGCAUCUCCCCAGGAGGGACAAACCCCGGCUGCCAGCGGUGCUCCUUGUUUGAGUGGCUUUGGCAUCUGGCUGUGUGCUGUGUUUACACUGCACCUGCCUUUCUGAACCCACAGGUGUUAAGCUUGAGUGUCCUGGAGCUUACAACAAAGAUGCUAAAGAUAAAAGAGUGUCAGCUCAGCAUGAACAGUAGAAUCAAGAGGCUCUGAGAUUUCUGGGUGCACAGUGGUUAAAUUCUUACAAGCAAGACCUUCAUCUGCUAUCAUGAUGAGAACUAUCUACUUUCCAUAGCUUCAUCACUAACAAGUAACACAGUAUCCCUCCAAAUAGUCCAAAUUUAAAAACUGGAAAUGGCUUAUCUGUCUCAUGAGAAAAAUCACUGAAAUAUAGGAUCUUGUGUUAGGGAGGAACUUGAAUUAUAGGGGGGACAGGUAGCAGGGGAAUGUUAUUUGGAGGCUGCUGUCUGAUACCCAGUGCUUUUUACACAGGCUAAUUUGGUCACACUGUUGUGUCCAUUUCUUGGGUUUUCUUCUACUUCAGAUGCACAUUCCCUGGAGAGGGGCUAUCCUUCUGUGUGGUGUAGUAGAAACUGCACUAAAAGUUACUGCUGUUGCAAUAAAAUAACUUUGUCUUGGGGCUGCUGGUUUAAAUCCUGCUCAGACAAGAAGUGAUAACAGGGUCUUAAAAUUUAAGCACCUCUACAAAACGUAGUUUCCCCAUGGCUGUUUGUAUUCAACACAGAACUGUUGACACUGAGGGCAUUGGCAAUAGUAUUAGUAUUUCAUGUGACAAAAUGCACCAUGGAAACUUGCUUAUGUUCAUCAAGAGACAGUCCUUUCACUUCAGGUGGGGUUGAAGUGUAUGCCUGGGAAUACUAAGGGAGAACUGUUCACUGAGCCUACACACUACUGGGAUUGUCAAUCCAGUUUUUUCCACAAGGCCUAGAAUAAGGAAUUUCUCAUAAUUAUAAACCAUAGAUACUUUCCUGUGUUUUAUCAGCAUAUGACUUACAGGUCUAAUAUUAGCUUGUCAUGCCACACCUCAGUAUUUUAAACAAUGGGGGAAAAAAUAUAUUAAAAAUCCUCUGCAUGUGAACAUACAUUUUUAUGUCAUUCAACAUUAUUUUAGACCAUGAACACAUGGCAGAGUUUUCCAUUUUGCCAUUGCAAAAGUCUUAUUUUUUCUAGACUAAAAAAGGCAAUGCAUAGAUUGAAAAGUUUAGCUUUUUCAUUCAGGGCUGUACUGUAGUAAAUGCCCUUCAAACUAUAAUUUGUAUUUCUUUAUGGCAAACAUUAUAUCUGGCUUCUCAGCCCUGAAAGGAGAAUUGAAAUUUUGCUCAGGGAAGCAAUAGGAAUGGGAGGGAGAGCUGGGGGGAAGAGCCUGGCUGCUGCUGGGGAAGGUGAAUGUGAGCUGUUGCUACUGUUGGGAGUAACAGUUCCCACCACAGUCCCAUAUAUUCUGUAAUUCCUGCAGCAGCAGGGGCUAACUUGAUUUUCAGGGCUUUGUUAUUGGCAAAGUAGGCAGUGAGAGCCGUUUCUCACCCCCUCCUUUCCCUCUCCCCCUCCAUCAAUCUGCUGCUCUGGGAACUGCCUUUGUCUAUAACUAACCCUGGCAAGUGUGACAUGAUGUUACAGAUAAUACUACAUGCUUUAGUUCUGCAUUUUAUGAGCGAAGAAUUAUGAUUGCUGCAAGCUGCCUGGCACUUUUUUCUCUAAUCCUCACAGUAAGAUUCCAGCUUCUCCAGGUGCAUUUCAUUUUCUGCAUGUGAACAGGAGAUUGAGACGUACAUUUAAAUAGGAAGACAUUUGUUUUAUUAAUCCCAGCAAAUACAUGCAAAUGUCCACUAAAACCAAAAAAUACUUCAGUGGAUCAAAUGCAUUAUAAAGAUUUAUCUGUGUUUUCACAUUAAAAGUUCUGCCUCGCUCAGAUGUGAAAGUACUAAAAGGUUGUUUGAUUUCUAGAAAUUGCCUGACUUGAAUUCUGUGUGCACUUCUGAAGCUGCAGGAGAGUGUUUUCGUGUCAAGAAGACAGUCAGCAUUUCCAGUUCAGCUGCUUAGGUCAGAUACGUGACUUAGCUCUACCAAGCCCUUCAAAAAUCUAUAUGAGCUGAAAGUGAUCUUCUUCUGUCAAUAUACCUGGGAGUGAUUCCGUUUGCAAUUAUGUGAGUCACAGUUUAGCUUUUAAUUGGAGCAGGAGUGAGCUCUUUGUUUUGUGCCAUCUGUGCUGUUUAGGUGCUUUUAAAUAGCUGAACUGCUUGAUUAUUUAUAUAUUUUAUUAAAUUAAUAAUUAUGUUAAGAACUUUGGCAUUGCAUUUAUGUUUGGUCAAGGACUUAUCUAUUUCUUAGAAGAGUAGUGUAGGAGGUGUAAAUGUGGAGCACUGACUUUAUGUUGUACUUGUUUCACGGUGAGAUUGCAAAUCCUGUUUGCUUCAUGAGAUGGUGUGAGCAUUUGGAUGGCAAGUAUUGUAGAAAAGCAGUUUUACUCCUGCCAAUAUAACUCUUGUAAAGGUCACUGAUGGAAAAGCCCAUUCUACAAAAUCUGGGAUUUAUGGGACACCUCCAUCAAAACUGUUGAAACUGAAUUUCUGUGGGAAGAAUAGAUGGAAAGGGGAGAAAGGCACGGAGAGCACUAGUAUGCAUGGUAUGUAAUCCGUGUGUGUGAUCUGCCAUCCAUUCACAAUCCUGCACACUGCCAGUGCUAAGAGGAAACUGAAACAUGGACACUUCACUUCUGUGAAACAAACCAUAGAACCCCUCAGAGCAGGCAUCUGUCCCCUCUGCAGAUGUGUAUUGCAUACAACGUGCACAUGAUCACUUUCACUGGAAUGCAUUCAUUGGAAAAAUGUGUCACAGUCCCUUUCUUUUUGCAUGAUCAGGAUUUUGGGGAAAAAUAUACUAGAGAGAAAUGUGGUAUAAAGAUUUGAUUCUUAGAGAAAUGUUGCUGCUUGUAGAUGUGGGUAAUGUUUGUUUAAACCAAGCUUAAUUUCUCCUACAUUCUUUUUAGUUCUUUGAGAAUGAAAAAAAAUCAGAUUUGUGCAUAAAUCUGCUGUUGAAUAUAUAUCAUGAUAAUAAUUUUGUUAUCUGCUUAUUGUGAGAACUGCAGCUGUCCUCUCCACUUGUGCCUGCCCAGGUUGCUGGGCAGUGCCAUGCAUCCUGUGGGAUGUGCAUCCAACCAUCCAACUGCUGACAGUCACAACUCUGGUGUAGGCCUGGCUCCUCUGAGUGCUGUGAGCCCUGUGACAGGUGACCCUGGCCAGCAGUAUGUGAGAGGAGGCAUUUCAUUCCUGUGAUGGGAUGUAGGAGUCUUCAGGAGUUAACAGAUGGAAAGAAAUACUUUUGUUGGCUUAUUAUUUCAGUGCCUGAGACAUUUAUGUUCAGAAUUGUGUUUAGAAAAGAGAAAAGGGCUACUGGUUCUGGAUCAGCAGGAGAGAAAAUAUCCCUAUGACCUGGUACUGAGGUAAGUGCCACAUCUGUGGUAUCUCUAAAUCCCCGAAAGGAAGAAAACAACUACCCAUCCACAGUGUCUGAAAACCGUCCCUGUUAAAGCUGGCAUUAUGGCUGUUGUCAGGUUUUGUACAGUGCACAGAAUGUUUGAGUCCCAGUGAUCUCAAUCUGUCACACAUCAGAGCUAACCAGCUCCUCAGUGUGAGGCUCCAAAGAUACUGUUUAGCCAAAAAAACAAAAAAAAACCCAAAAAAACCACAAGAAAAAAACUGAAAAAAAAAAGGCAACCUUCCUUAAUUUUAAGCAGCCCUUUAUGCCUCCGUAUAAUCUGCUCAAAUAUUCCAGAGGCAAUUACGUGCUGUAUUAAGGCAGAUUCAGUUUACCAGUUCACUGCUGUGCCUAGGGAUCAUCACCCCCUCCUUUAUUUUCCAGUAACACAAAUUGCAGCCCUGUCAUAUUAGGCUGGGACCUUGUCAGAGUCCCACUGGCUGUCCCCCUUGGAGCAGAUGUGAGACAUUGCUCGAGGUGUGCCAGCCCAUCGAACCUGGGGCUGUGGGAGAGGCCUGGCUCGCUCAAAUGACACUCAGAGAGAAGCAAGGAAUCGACAGUCACAUGGAAUGUGUCACUUGAGCAGGUAACUGCCCAUAGGGCACUGUUGGUAUUUUGGCUCGUGCUGUGUUGUGGUUAUAGAUACCACACACUGCUUCCCAGUGGGACACUGCCAAUUUCCUCAUGGCAGUCGAGGAACAGUCAUCCAGCUGCAGUACCUUGUUCCCCCUCAUAGACUGUCCUCCUUAGAAAAGAAAUCAAAUUUCAAGUGAUUUCUUCCUCUUUUUUUUCCUUCUUCUCUCAAAAAAGGCUGAUAUUCCAGGCUGGUACACAACUUUAAGCAAUGGGCUCUCUUUAUUUCAGGGAAAAUGUUUAAAUGCUUUUGAUGAAUUUGUGGGUUUUUUUGGUGUGUGUAUUUUGGUUUUGUAUUUUUAAGCAAGAUCUGUAGGCAUGGGAUAAGAAGAGCUAAGAACAUUAGAGUCCUGAUUAGUAAAAUAUUCUCAUCCAUGCCAUAUGAUGUGGGAGAGCCUUGGGGACUGUUUACUCCAGUGCUGUUGGAGGUGAGGGAUCUGACUUCCUUUUCCAGUAAGGCAGGAGGGAAACUGGAUAGAAAAGACAGGUCUGCAAAGAAUAAACAAAAACUCCACUGUAAGUUAAAUUUCUUUUAUUGGUACCCCAGAACAUCUGGAAUUGCUCCUCAGAAAGAGUAUUUUGUGCAUUGUUAUACAAAAUGCUGUUGAAAGUGCAGAUAAAUAACAAACUUGUCAGAAAGCCAAACAGACCUGUGUGCUAUCCAGGUAUCCAUAAUUUCAUAUUUUAGUUAAGACUGUGAUCCAUUAUCAGACUAUCUUUCCAUAUCUAUCAGUCCUUAGACAGAAAAAUUAUGCAACUACCUCAAAGACCCCACCAGACCUUGCCUGGCAUCAGGACACGUAGGAGUUUUGUACCAUAGGAUAUUUUUAUCACAAUUCACAUCUGGUUCUUUAUUUGUACCCAAAAAUAGAUAGUCACAAAAUGUAUUACAUUUUUUCUGCAAUGAGUAGAAAGCAACCAAUGUCCAUCUGUCUCUUCCUGCCCCUUUCUGUUCAGCAUCAGUCUGCUUUCCCAAUCCGGAUUAAUGAGAGGAUUUUCUUGCCCUCAUGAUGCAGGAACACAGGCAUGUUCAGAACUCACAGUCCAAGUGACUAAACAUUGAAGUAUUAAAUGGAGGAAUUGACUGAUGGAUUUCUUGCUUUGCUGGCAACAGCAUAGCAUUUAUCUUCUAAUGUUUUAGCUGGUAUAAUUAGCCUUACAAGUACUUAACAAUAUCUCACUUAAUAUCUGUAAUCUUCUCUUUGAGGGACAAGGAGAAAAGGAGAGAAGCCAGAAGUAAAGUCCUGAAGGAGAAACAUGAAAACAGUGGAAAAUGCUAAUAUGUCACAAAUACAGCAGCGUAGUAUUUUCUGGUACUGCUUUCCUCAAUAACUUUUAACCCUUGCAUAUGGUAGUGAACUGUAUUGAUUUAUCAUAGAAUAGCCAUUGCUAUAGUUAAAAUCACAUUGGUUUGAUGCACAAGCUGAAACUGCCCUAGGUCAUCUUUAAUUGGGGCCUGACAUGUUUUAACACUUAAUCAGAUGUCACAAAAAACAACUUAGAUCACAAACAAGUUCUGAAUAUAUCCUGCAUGAACUGAGAAGGGAGUGGAGAGAAUGGAUGUCAUCUCUCUGCCUUUAAUGUAUCUAUUAAAAUAGAUUCCAGAUA